AUGUCCUGCGCACUGGCGCCGGGUUUUCGGCUCGGUGGCCCUGCAGCUUCCUUGAUCUUCCGUGGCUCCUGGCGGAUGCAGAUGCUCGCGCUUGGCUUCGAGGCAGAUGAGGUGUCCCCGACGCCCUCGAUGCCCCCAUGCCAUUUCUGCCACUCUUUGCCUCUGGUCUUCGGGCGCAAAGCCAACCAAAGAACUCAGCAGCCAGCGCAGUCAUCAGAUGCGAGCCGAAACCUGGACGCUGCGCUCUUCAGUGAAACCUUCAGGGAGGGUUUCGACCCUGCCAGAGGCCAGAAGGCCCAGAAGGCUCUGCCAUCCGCCAGCAUUCGAUGGAGACACCAACUGGGCCGCCAAGGCCCUGGGCACGCCGGCCAUGCCGGACAGCUGGCGACAGAUUCCAGCUUGCUUGGGAGCGUUUCGCCGAGCAGAGACGCAUUGAACAGAAUACCGAAGCCGCUUGCGCACGCGGGGGCAUUGGGGGCAUUUGCUUUGCCUGCUUGCCUGCCGUUUCAGCCAUGUGCUGGCCCAGGGAUUUGCGGUCCUUCCGGUUUUUUCGCCUUCCGAAAUUUACAAAAGUCCAAAUACCUAAAUGAGCCCAACCCCUCCAUUCUGUUCAGCAACUCUUGCCGUCUUGCCUUGCUGCCACAACGCCGUGCCCUCGCACCUGCUUCCCCAGCAGCCCACAACGAGCCGGAGAAUCGCCUCCCUUGUGGGUCACACUGA